AUGGUGAAACUCUAUAGCAUCAGCUCAGGGAUCCAAAAGGUCCUGGGCUUCCAAGCUGCUCUCAAAUCCACCGCGCGAUUCCCAAACUUCCGCGCUAUGUCGUCGGCUUCCACCACACACCCAGACAUCAAUCGAAUCACCUCGUAUUGCUCCGAUGCUAUGGCUUUGAAUGUUGCCUCGACAGCCGUCGCCAAGGGAUUCGACUGGAAUGUUACGAAUCUCCAGCAGCCUAUCUUCUACCUCCCAUUUUUGCACGAUGAGAAUUUGGUCAGUCAAGUCGCAGCUGCUUCUCUCAACGACGGCCUACUUUCUCGCUGCGCACCCGGCUCAAGAGAUGCAGAGUAUGCCGAAACGUCCAGAGCUUCUUCAGGAGCCAUGGUGACUGUAUUUUGCGAUUUAGAAGAUUCCCGUCUCGCAAUGAGGUGUUGGGAAGGAAAUCGACGGCAGAAGAGAUCGGAGUAUCUCAAGGAACAUUCCUCUGGCUUCUGA